AUGGAUAGGGAGAAUAAGUCAGUUACAAGAAGCAACGACGUAUACCAAGAAGACGAUGGAGAAAGCACACCUCUUUUGGGUAAAAGUGAUCAGCGCGUUCAUCUGUCCAAAUGGAAACCUCUGUCACAGCUGGUUGUUCUUGCAGCCGUGUACAUGUUAGGGUACUCCCCGUUGUCAACUUUAUUAAAUUUAGAAAGAGUUUUGUAUCCAGACAUAGGCAUCUAUGCUUUAGUGUGUAACUUUGGAGGAUCCGUAUGUUCUAUAGUAACCGCACCAGUGAUUGCCAAACGUCUGGGAGCAAAGGGAUCCGUUCUUCUAGGCUGGGUUUGCCAAGCAGUAUUCAUUGCGGCACAUUUCUACAUGGUGCCUUAUGUCAUUCUGCCGGUUGCUUUCCUGGUUGGAAUAGGACACGCUCAGAAUUGGAUAACCAACGCUGUCUUUGUUACCGCACUGGGUCUUCAGUACUCUGAAAUCACCGGCCGCCCUCAAGGUGAAGUCAUGGGCAUGUUCCAGGGGAUAUUCUUUACAAUCUUUCAAUUUAGUGGCAUGUGGGGCAACCUGGUCUCCGCUCUCGUGUUGAACAGCCCAGUAGACGACACAACUGGUAAUGGAAGCAGCUCUCACGCGCAAGGCGGGAACUUGAGCGCGCUUUGCGGAAGUAAUUUCUGUCCUUGGGAAGAUACAUCCGAGACGUACAUCACACAACCCGAUCAGUACGUGAUUUAUAUCAUCCUUGGGUGUUUCCUAGGAUUGGUGGGAUCGGCCUUUGUGAUAGCACUAUUAUUUUUGAAAGACGUGAAAUCAACGACAGGGGAUUCCCUUCACAGCUUAGGAGCUUUUUUGGCGACUGUUUGGCGACUGAUAUUUAAACAGAAGAUGGGUCUUAUUCUGCCUGCUUUCAUGUUAGUGGCAAUUGGGCAGACUCUAAUUCUCACAGAGUUCAUAACACUUACGUGGGACACGUGUUUCCGGACAAGAAGUGGCCUGUCUUUGUCACAGUGCGGAGCUCCAUCUAUGUAA